CGAAAAUUCGAAAUUUUUAGUACGUUGCUGCUUACCAAGCAUCAACAAAUUCAGGAAAUUCAGGAUUGAAAUCAAAUAGGCAUACCUCGUAAUAAAGUCGAUAGCGAUAAACACCACUUUUGUGAUUAAGGCAGAGAUGUUUGUAGACAUCAGCCCGCGAUUGAGUGUGGUCAAUUUUGAUUAUGACAUUUUGGUUGUCAUCGCGUAAAACCUGCCUUGUUCUGUCUGCCUUUUGGUAAAAGGAAAAAAUUAUAUUUACAGGAAGUUAAUAAUGUUUUGUGCAUAUACACAUCUGGGAAGCCUGGGGCGAAAGCCCACACAUAAUCGUUACAUCGCAAGGACAAGAACAGCUGGUGAAAGGAGAACAAUAGAACCUAGAUCGUACCAACUUGAUUUUAUGAGAGACUUAUCACAGCUGAUCAACAAGUCACCUCGUAAUAUAAGACGGAUCAUAGAACACAACGCUUGCUCCCGGGCAUUCUUCAACCCCCAACGGAUAAACGAUGUACUAUCCAGAACGAAAACCACUAUUACCUCAAAUGGUAUUUAUGUUAGUGUGGAUGUGGGUUUGCCCAUGCGUAAGAGAGCCAAACAUUUGAUUGACAUCACUUUAAGUGCAUCUGGACAGGCGAAUUCAAAGUUGCUUGCCCCGCUAGUUGGUCAACAAAUAGAUUUUGUGCGCCAUUUCAAAACUGACCGCUCCGUUGACGCGGAAAUGAAGAGAAACCCUACAAUAUUCUCUAGGCUAAAAACAGCUUUCGGGGGAAAUCCACAAAAAAUUGAUGCGGAAAUGUCUCAAGUACAAGCGGAAACUCUAAAAAAGUUGCUUCAAAAAAGCAGCGAACAAGGCCCAAAAAAAAACGAAGUGGAUAACAUUAAAAUAGCUUUUGCUGAAGGAUAUUUGGCUGCAACAAAUUCCGAGGAGUCACCUAAGUCGGGGAAAACUAUGAAAUACCUUAAAGUUUUCCAACAACUGCUAGUAAUAGUUGUCUUCAUUGGAAUAUUCCUAAGCUUGUUUUCCUCAUCAAAUGGUUCGAUGUUUAGUAGAAUACAACUGGGUAACCAAGUUGAAGUGGAUCCAGAAGAAAUCCAUGUAACAUUUGACGAUGUUAAGGGAUGUGAUGAAGCCAAGCAAGAAUUAAAAGAAGUCGUUGAGUUUCUUAAAAGUCCGGAGAAGUUUUCGAAUCUUGGCGGUAAAUUACCAAAAGGCGUUCUAUUGGUGGGACCACCUGGCACUGGCAAAACGCUACUUGCACGUGCAGUUGCUGGCGAGGCAAAUGUUCCAUUCUUCCAUGCAGCUGGGCCUGAAUUUGAUGAAGUGCUUGUUGGACAGGGUGCACGACGAGUUCGCGAUCUAUUCAAAGCGGCAAAGCAACGCGCACCGUGUGUCAUCUUUAUCGAUGAAAUCGAUUCGGUGGGAGCGAAGCGCACGAACUCAGUUCUACAUCCAUAUGCCAACCAAACCAUUAAUCAAUUAUUGGCAGAAAUGGAUGGUUUCCACCAGAAUGCAGGAGUCAUCGUACUGGGAGCUACAAAUAGGCGAGAUGAUCUGGACCAAGCCUUAUUGCGACCUGGUCGAUUUGAUGUUGAGGUUGUGGUAUCCACACCAGACUUUACUGGUCGAAAGGAAAUACUUUCACUUUACUUAGCAAAGAUUCUUCAUGACGAGAUUGAUUUGGACAUGUUAGCACGAGGUACCUCUGGUUUCACAGGUGCAGAUUUGGAGAACAUGAUAAACCAAGCAGCUUUGAGAGCUGCUAUAGAUGGUGCUGAAACCGUUACAAUGAAACAUUUAGAAAGUGCACGCGACAAAGUUCUAAUGGGGCCUGAAAGAAAAGCUCGUUUACCCGAUGAAGAGGCAAACCUUAUCACAGCGUAUCAUGAAGGUGGUCACGCUAUUGUUGCGUAUUAUACUAAGGAAUCACAUCCAUUGCAUAAGGUUACAAUAAUGCCGCGAGGUCCUUCACUUGGUCACACCGCAUACAUUCCUGAAAAGGAGCGUUAUCAUGUGACUAAGGCUCAACUGCUGGCCAUGAUGGAUACUAUGAUGGGCGGGCGUGCAGCGGAAGAAUUAAUUUUUGGUGUAGAGAAAAUCACAUCCGGUGCGAGUAGUGACUUAAAGCAAGCUACUUCCAUAGCCACGCAUAUGGUCAAGGACUGGGGUAUGUCGGAGAAGGUGGGGCUUCGUACAUUUGACAAUGCAAAAGGGCUUAUUGCGGCAGAAUCUUUGGGCCCUAAUACGGUGGAAAUUGUUGAUGCCGAGAUAAAGCGAAUUUUAAAUGAAAGUUACGAACGCGCCAAGGCAAUAUUAAGGAAACACACGAAAGAGCAUAAAGCUCUAGCCGAGGCGUUGUUAAAGUACGAAACGCUUGACGCGGAAGAUAUAAAAGCUAUAAUGAAUGAUUCGCAUUAGCUGGGAUGUAUUGAAUAUUAAAGAUAUUUGGUAAAACUUUUAACAAAAAAUGGUAAAUAAAGACUUAAGCUUUUAAGCCUGGCGGUAAAAAUUUAUAUAUAAGCGCUGUAAUAUUUUAAUAUUGGUUAACUUAACUUGAGGCAGUUUAAUGUGUAAUAGCUCGCCGAAAUUAAAUUCUUAAAAUUAAAUAACAUACAUAUAAUUUGGAUAAA